AUUUAGGGCCCGCGUCCGCUCCUCAUGUGACACCCAGGGACUGGGCUGCAGCGGGCACCCCGAAGCCAGAGCCGGAGCCGCCACCACAGCCAUCAGGGCUCCUCUCUGGCCUCUCACCACGCUCAGCCGCACCAUGGCUCUCGCGCGCACGGCCGCACAAUACAUGCUCUCCGACGCCCUGCUGCCUGACCGCAGGGGCGCCCGCCUCAAGGGCCUGCGCCUGGAACUGCCCCUGGACCGCGUGGUCAAGCUGGUGGCCGUGGGCUUCCCCUUGCUGCUGGUGUCCCUGGCCUUCGCUCGGGAGUUCUCCUCCGGACCUCCGGUCAGCUGCUUCUGUCCUGCCAACUUCAGCACAAGGCAGGCCGCCUACACCGACAGCGCCUGCUGGGACUCGCUAGUGCACCACGAGCCCGGGAUGCAGCACAGCACAUCGCUCUGGCCACACAAGGCCCUGCCCUACUCCCUGCUGGCCCUGGCUGUGGCCAUGUCCCUGCCAGCUGUGCUGUGGCAGUGUGCGGCGGUGCCCGCCCUGGGCUCGGACCUGCUGUUCAUCAUCAAUGAGCUGGACAAGUCCUACAACCGCUCUGUCCGCCUGGUGCAGCACCUGCUGAAGACGCGGCAGGAGAGCCCCAACCCCCACGUCUUCUGGGACGAGCUGGACAAAGCUCGGAAGCAGCGGUACUUCGAGUUCCCUCUGCUGGAGCGGUACCUGGCAUGCAAGCAGCGCUCACACUCGCUGGUGGCCACCUACCUCCUGAGGAACGUGCUCCUGCUCCUCCUCACCUCCGCCACCUACCUGUACCUGGGCCACUUCCACCUGGGUGUCUUCUUCCAGGAAGAAUUCAGCUGCUCCAUCAAGACGGGGCUGCUAAGCAAAGAGACCCAGGUCCCCGAUCUGAUCACGUGCAGGCUGACCUCCCUGUCCAUCUUCCAGGUGGCCAGCCUGGCCAGCGCGGCCGUGUAUGCCCUACUGGUGCCACUGAUCAUAUACAACCUCACCCGGCUAUGUCGCUGGGACAAACGUCUCCUGUCCGUCUAUGAGAUGCUCCCACUUUCGACCUCCUCAGCAGCUUUCGACCUCCUCAGCAGGAGGAUGCUGGGGUGCCCCAUCAAUGACCUCAACAUGAUCCUGCUAUUCCUCCGCGCCAACAUCUCUGAGCUCAUCUCCUUCAGCUGGCUGAGUGUCUUGUGUGUGCUGAAGGACACGACCUCCCAGACACAGAACAUAGACACGGUGGUGGACUUCAUGACUCUGCUGGCCGGCCUGGAGCCCUCCAAACCAACACAUCUCACCCACUAGGUGUGUCGGACACCUCCAGUCAAUGCGUCAUGGAGGAAGCUUCCCUCCUCCACGAGCCACAGAUACCAAUACACGAAACCACCCACUUGGGGAUCACUAAGCAGAAGCCGCCCAGUCACACUCCCUGUGUCACAUCCCCCUUGGGGUGAGACGGCACCUUCAGCUCAAGCUGCAGGCCAAAGACCUAAAAGUGGGUCUAGAGUGUCUAUGACAAGAGUGAACUAAAGAACAGAAAUAAAGGGGACCAGCAGUUGGCGUAAUGGCUAUG